UUUCGCGAAAACGUGAUUUUGCACCGCAUGUUCUAUGACAAAGUUUAGUUUCAUUAAUUAUCUGUCGAUUAAGGCUAUUACGAAGGAAAUCGAGAUGGGACAGUAGUUAAGGUUCCCUUGUAAGUCCAAAUAUUCUAAGCUAUCAGAAACGCCAGAAACCUUAAUUAAAUUUAAGAACAGAUGGAAGAAAAUCACCUUGAAAGUAGGUGCAGCCUAUGGGCGGAAUUUGACGCGAAAUCUGAAGAAGAAAAUACAAUCUGUAGCACAUAGCGGAAUUGAAUCAUUAAAAUUUGAACUGUAUGGCAAUCCAUACCCUUUGGUAGUAAACAUAUGCAACUUUUUUGAAAUUAGAUUUGAUGAUCUUAUGGUCGCACUUCCGCUCCGCUGGAGCGGAAGUGCCACCAGUGAAAGAGAAAAAGUGAAAGAGAGAAAGUGAAAGAGAGAAAGUUUACAAAAUAUUAAAAUGAAAAAAAGUUUCUUCUACUAGCGAGGUGCUUCCGCACCCUAGCGUGCGGAUGGGAGACCAGUGAAAUAAAAGCUCCACCAGGAGAAAAAGUUUUCUCUCCGAGCAGCUGCUGCUACAAGGAGCUUGCUCAUUAACUAAUGUAAGCCAUGCACGUUAUUCACUACUAUUAAUAUCAACUUAAAUGCAACGUGCAAUUUGCAAAGAAAAUAUUCACAUUUGAGAGGAGAUUAUUUUAAAAAUAAAUACUUGCAAAAGUGUGUGUGUGUGUGUGUGUGUGUUUGUGUGAUGAAGGGUCAUACAGGAUGGAGAUUGAUAUCAAUAAAUUGUAACAACAGCACCAAAGAUAGGAUGAUAAAUGAAGGUUUUAUUUUCUGGUAAGUGUGUAGGUUACAUGAAAUAUAUGUACAUAUGAAAAUACGCAUGUUUCAUUGCAAAAUAUUUGCAAAAUUAAGCUUGGUAUGCUUAGUUCAUUAAUUAUUUUAGAUUUUAGUUAUGAUUUUCAUUAUUAUUUUUUCUUUCUUUUCAAGUUACAUAUUCCGUCUUACUGCAACAUUGUGUCUUACAGCGGAAAGUAAAAGUAACUCGACCAAGAGAGAAAAGUUUCUUCCACUAGUAGCUCCAACAAGGAGCUCGCCCACCAACUAAUGCAAGCAUGUUCUUCAGGGUCGUGCGGGAAGGAUGGUGAAAUUUUAACAUUAGCUGCGAAGAUAUUUAAGUUUAAAGGAGCCAUAUCCUUUGGCGUCACGCCGAGAAGCAACAGGUGCUGUGGUGGUAAUAAUUUCAUCAAACGUAGACUUCUUCAACGGUCCAUUAUGGAGUUUUAUAAUCAAGAACUGAGCAACACGAUCCCCAAGUUCAACUUGAUAUGGAAGUUUCCCAUGGUUGAUUAGCAUAACCCCCAAAGUUCCUUCAAAAUCUUCAUCGACCACGCCCCCCAUGACGUCAAUUUUAUGCCGCAACGCUAACCAAGACCUUGGUUUAAUCAAACCAACAUGGCCCAACGUACAAAUCAUAACCAGCAGAUUGAGGGUGCAACUUUGUUGGAAAUUUACUUUCAAAGGUCUUCCUAAUAAAGUGGACCGUUCUAUAGUCAUCUAGAAGGAAAUCAACUACUACAUUCAAUCCAUAUAAUGAGGAGAUACCAUCAAAACGGGAUACCAAAAAUUGUCAGGUAAAAGAAAGCUUUCUUUGGCUUGGAAAAUCGAAGUCAUAGCUACGUUACAUGAUUUAACAAAUUUUAAUUUUCUUUGGAGUGUUAUAGGCAAGAAGUGAAAAAACUGUGUAUGUCCCAUUAUAUAAUCGUUAUUUGAAAUAAUUAUAAGAUCUUCCGAAUUUUUAUAGACGCCCUGAUUAGAAUCUACUUCCUCUGACCAACCAACUUGUUCAGCUUAAGAGAGGGUAUUGCAAGCUGCAACCAACCAUUGAAAAUCUUUAAACGACAGGUUUGCCCCUGUGGUUUGAUUCUUUCUGAUGCAGACAUAAGCCUGCCCAUUUUUUCUCCAAGUUUGGAGUUUUAGCCAAAACCCCUGACCUAGCUGGCCCUCCCAAUGGACAAUAUUUUGUCCACUAGGAUCGUCACUCCUUUCCCCUUCGGGAGCAAAAUUAAGCGAAAUAGGACCUUUGUAAGAUGAUGAAGGCACAUAUGCUUCAUAUGCUCCGGAGCUGAUGAUGAUGAGCUUGCAGGAGGAAUCGUAGUACGAGCAACAGGAACAAGCGCCGUUGAAGGAACAGGAACAGCAGAAGGCGGAACACUCUUGACUCGACCUCUCUUCUCCGCUGGGGACUUUUCUGCAAUUAAUAGAAAUAAAAAUUUAAAGCUUAUGGUUACAACAAAUUUCCCUAUUAACAUUUUAAAAUAAUUAUUGACAUCUUACCCUUUUCAGCCAUCUUCCUCUUGUUAGCGGCGGCAGCAGCCUUGACUGUCUUCUCUUCAGGACCAGUGUAGAACAAGCUUAACGGGUUUCGACGAGCGGCAUCUAGCUCCUUCUUGGAAGCAGCGUCAAUCUUCUUCGCAUCAGCUGCAUUCUCCCUUGCUUCCCGUCGUCGUUUCUGCUCCGUUCUUUGCGCUUUGACUUACUUUGGCACUGCAUACAAAUCAUCCACGAGGUUCAGCCCUAAUAGAACAAAAUCAGGAUCCUCCUCUGGCUCAGACGGAGAAUCCUCGUCCUCUUCGUCUUCAUCCUCCUCCUCAUCAGUGAAAGGUCCGCUUGGUUCCUCCUCAUCAUCGUCUACGACGAAUCCAGCGUCAAAGACUUCAGGUUGUCGACGGUGAGAAAGAAGAAAAGCUCGUGCGUCCUCAGACUCUCGACUUCCUGGCUUAGCCUCCUCUAAGAUUUUUCGUGCUCUUGCCACUGCGUUUAUCCCUGCUAAAAUUUACGAAAACUUACCCUGAGACAUUUUGGAGUUUUUAAAGUUUUUAUUUCUUCUUUGGAAAUCCUUUGCACGUAAUGUUGAAACAUUGACUAACUUGCUCAUUAUUUUGCCAAUUGUUUUUAUAGUCUUAGUAAUUUACAAAAAAAAUUCCAAAAUAAGUACAUACCGUAAAAAUGUAAUAACUCCCUAGGGGUUACUAAUUCAAUUAUUUACAAAAUACAGUUAAUAGUGGUAAGUGGUAAUUAAUAUUUUUUACAGUAUUGGAGUUGAAGUGAUGGUAUGUUUUAUUAUAUGUAAACACAUUCCUGGUAUUAAGAUAAUGACGUCACGCCGAGAUAUAAAAAAAGAUGUUGUUAUACAUAUUUUCUCACAAACAUUUUUUAGAAUACACACUUCUUGACUUUGAUUUUGGAAAUUUUGUGUAUGAGUACUUCAUUUAGAGCAACCUAAUAAUAGUUGAGAGAUUUACAUCACAAAGAAAAUGGCUCCUCGUAUUAAGACGACAACAUUGCAAUGCUUGAAAUGUUUUAGGAGAUUCUUAAAUCGUCAGCAUUUUGCGUCACAUUUACUAAGGCACCGAGAUGAAAACAAGAGAAAAUUGUGUCAAUAUUGUACCAUGUCAUUCAGGUCGUCAUUUUUGAUCUUAUAGAGCACAAUGAAGCUCAUAAAAGAGGAGUUAUAAAAUCCAUGAAAUUUGAUCAAAGAGGAAGAGGGCUACGACUGAAUGCUUUCCCUUUCUCUGAAAUUGAAGCCUUUCAAGGCUUUAUGAAAACUUACAGAUUUAGAAAUACACAUGAGGAUAAUAAUAUUAUUUCUGUUAGAGAUUUUUUAAUAGAUUUAAGUUUAAAAUUAAUCAGAUUCUAUUUCACAAUGUUUCAAUUUAUAAUAGCAUUAAGUUUCAAAUGACGCUUUUGUGUAAAUUUAAACGUAUUCAUCCAAGCGUGGAUGAAGAAGAGGUAGAAUUCAUGGAAACAACAGAACAAUAUUUUAAUUCUUCUCUUAAAAUUAUCCUCAGUCCCCUCUACAUUAAUAGAAUCUUUUGUGACAUGGUUAAUCAAAUCGAUAAUAAUGUGGAAAUCUUCGAACGAAAUGGCAGUGGUUGGAUAUUAGAUGAAGUGAAAGGCUGUGAUAUACGAACAGCUCAGUUUGAAAUAUUAAAGGGUGGAUGUUCGUGCAUCAUUCCCAGCCAUCUGAAAAAUAAGAAUGCCAUUGUGAAUCCCGAUAAUAAGGAAAAUGAUUGCUUUGUUUUAGCUUUUCUGAUCUGCAUGCACGGAGAUUCAGUAGAUAACAGGCAUCGUGGAAUAAUAUCUCAAUAUGAAAAAUUUAAAACUCACUACGAUUUCUCUUCGUUAAAGUUUCCAACAUCGUUGAAAGAUAUCAUAGCAUUCGAAAAGCGGCACAAACAUAUUAAAAUUGGUAUUAAUGUGUUUGGUAUUGAUCAAGAAGAGCAGCUUAACGUUUUACGCCUAACACCUCAUGCAAAUAGCAGAACGCAUAAAAUCGUAUACAUUCAGGAUGCUUUUAAGCAACAUGGGCAUUACAUGUCUAUCCUGAAUUUUUCUCGCCUAAUCAACAGACAGGGACAUCAUCGAAAAUUUGUUUGCUACAAUUGUUUGAAUACUUUCGGAGAUGAAAAGCGUCUUGAUUCACAUCAGCAGUUGUGUUUUGAGUUUAAAACUCAAAAGGUUUCUGUUCCUUCAGUCGUUGAUGGAAAAAUUCCAUUCUGCUCUUUUGAGAGUAAAAAACUUAGUAAUAAACUAAAGUGUAACUUUGUGAUAUAUGGAGAUUUUGAAGCAAUGCUCACAGACGAUAAUACCAGUACGACCUCAAUAGAUAAACACAAAAUUUCAGGAUAUAAUCUUGCAGUAAUUGGCCCAAAUAAGAAACUGGUUCAUAUAUCGAAAUAUCGUGGUCCAAAUAGCAUUGACAAAUUUAUAGAUGAGGAAUCUGCAAGCGAAUCUCAAGUGAAUCUACAAGCUAGCUUUUGCAUACAAAGGAACAAAAUCCAUAUCGCUAUGAAACAACUUUCUCUAGAAGAAGAAUAUGAUUUUUCUAUGGCAGAUUCCUGCCACAUUUGUGAGCAUGAUUUUGAUCACCAAUCUAUAAAAGUUCGAGAUCAUGAUCACAAUACUGGAUUAUUUAGAGGAGCUGCUCAUAGAGAAUGUAAUGCUUCGUAAAUUCAAAAAGGCAAAAUCCCUGUACUUAUGCAUAAUUUUAGAAAUUAUGACUCUCACCUGCUGUUAAGUUCAGCAACGAAAUUUGGUUCUGGGAAUACGUUUGUUAUCCCUCAAAACUCUGAAAAAUUUAUAGGCAUUAUUUGUGAUAAGUUCAUGUUCAUAGAUUCUUUCAUGCAUCUGCCCAAAUCUUUAGAUACUCUUGUAACAAACCUUCAUGCAAAACCCGAAGGCGUUGAUGACAAGUUUGGUAUAAUGAUACAACAUUUUUUAAAAGAACGGGCUGUAAAACUCUCAAGGAAAGGUGUCUAUCCAUAUUCUUAUUUCAGUUCUUGGGAUAAAUUUAAGGAAACCAAAUUUCCCGAUAUUUCAGAGUUUUAUAACACCCUCACUUGUGAAGGGAUUUCACAAGAGGAUUAUGAUUUUGGUAAGUCAGUGUUUGAAACCGAAUGCACUGACCUGGGUUCGUACCACGACAUAUAUUUAACAACAGAUGUACUUCUGUUGGCAUGCGUUUUUGAAAGCUACAGGGAUAUGGCAAUUUCUAACUUUAAGCUUGACCCUUGACCCUUGUCAUGAAUCAACUCUCGAAGCAUCAGCGGGAGCUUUUAACUUCCUAUAACAUUAAAUAUUCAGAAACGCAGAAAAAAUUAGUUCCUCAUUUAGGAUCUAGAAAAAUGUAUCCAGUGCAUUAUAGAAAUCUCAAAUAUUAUUUGGAGAAGGGAAUGGUAUUAACAAAGAUUCAUAAGAUAAUUAAAUUGUUCAAAGGCCCUGGCUUAAAGAUUUUGUAAACCUUUGUUGUGAUUUACGACGAAAAGCUACAAACAAAUCUGAGCAAGACUUUUUCAAGCUAAUAGUUAACGCAAUUUUUGGACGUAGCAUGAUGAAUGUUAGGAAUCAGCAAAAUGUAUAUAUAGUUAAUAGUAUUGAAACAGCAAAAUAUUAUUCCAGGCUUUCGAACUUCAGAAAAUUUGAGAUUCUUUCUCCAAACUUGGUACUUGUUUUCAUGAGUAAACCUAGUAUUGUAUUGGAUAAGCCAAUAUAUACAGCGUUUUCGGUUUUAGAUCUCAGCAAGUUGUUUAUGCAGGUUUGGCAUUAUGACACGAUCAAAAAAUGGUAUGGAAUUAAAGCCAGGUUCCUUUUUACAGAUACGGACAGCUUAGCCUAUCAAAUUAAAACCGCUGAUCUUUAUGCUGAUUUAAGACUGGUGAAAAAUGAUUUUGACUUUAGUGAUUUUGACCACACUCAUCCACUUUAUUCUACAGAAAAUAAAAAAGUGAUUGGUAAAAUGAAGGACGAGAGUAACGGAAAAAUCAUGUAUGGUUUUGUGGGUGUUUCUCCAAAAAUGUAUUCCUUUGCAGGCAAGAAUAUCCAUAAGAUUGCUAUGAAAGGAGUCAAACAAUCUUUAGUACGAAAACAUGUAACUCAUAAAGCUUUUAUGGAGACUUUGUUUGAGCAAACAAAAUAUAUGUGCAGAAUGAAUUUGAUUCGUUCAAAGAA